CCUGAGUUUUAUUUCCUUCCUUGUGUACACUACUUCCGUUCUCAUCUGGAUUUCUUAUGGAUCUCUCUCGCAUAAAAUCAGGGUUUCGAAAGUUUUGUGAUGCUGCGUUACUUACAAAGAACGACUCUGAAAAGAUCAUUGUCUCCAAACCCGACGACGAAUCUAAAUUAGGGUUUCAAUCUUCGGUUUCCAAUUCCGAUCAAGAUGACGCCUCGCUCCACGAGCACCUCCGGAAGAGUUUAAGUUUGAAUGCGGUGCGAGAACGAGAAGGAGAAGAUGAAGAGAAAGAAGUGGCGGUGAAGAUUUCGAACGAAAAGGAAAGGGGAGAUGAAAUAGAAGACGGUGCGAAGAGCAAAGAAAGUGAUGGAGAUAUCAAGGCGUCUGAGAAUGAAGAGAAAGCGAUAGGCGCAGAGGAGCCGGAGAAGAAGGGUGAAUGUGACUGGAUAGGUGCAACGAAGCAUGAAAAGCAGGAUGAAUAUGACUGGACAGGUGCGGACGAGCCUGAGAAGAGGGUUGAAUAUGACUGGAUUGGCACAGAGGAGCAUGAGACCAAGGGGGAAUAUGGCUGGAAUAGUACAGGCGAGCAUGAGUACAAGGGGGAAGAUGGCUGGAAUAGUACAGGCAAGCAUGAGUACAAGGGGGAAGAUGGCUGGAAUAGUACAGGCGAGCAUGAGUACAAGGGGGAAUAUGGCUGCAAUAGUACAGGCGAGCAUGAGUACAAGGGAGAAGAUGGCUGGAAUAGUACAGGCGAGCAUGAGUACAAGGGGGAAUAUGGCUGGAAUAGUACAGGCGAGCAUGAGUACAAGGGUGAGUAUAGCUGGAAUGGUGCAGACGAGCAUGCAAAUCGGGAUGGGACAUACGAUAAUGGUAGCAGUGAUAAUAAGAAGUGUUUAUACCCGGUGAGGCCUGAAGCAGGAGAUUGUGCCUUCUAUAUGAAAACAGGGAAUUGCAAAUUCGGAUCCAAUUGCAAGUUUAAUCAUCCUGUUAUACGGAAAAACCAGGGCAUUAAAGAAAAGGUGAAGGAAAGGGAAGACUUAUCAGAGAACCCGGGUCAGACCGAGUGCAAGUAUUACCUGAGGACAGGAGGGUGUAAGUUUGGGAGUGCCUGUAGAUACAACCAUUCAAGAGUGAAAGAAACAGUGGUCCAUCAAACUGAAGAACUUAAUUUUCUUGGCCUGCCAAUCCGGCCGGGAGAGAAAGAGUGUCCAUAUUACAUGCGUAAUGGCUCCUGCAAAUUUGGAGCAAAUUGCAGGUUUAACCAUCCUGAUCCUACAGCUGCCGGAGGAAGUGACCUUGCUUCAGGAUAUGGUAAUGGUGGGUCUGCAACUUUACAGAGUACCUCCCAGUCCGGUGUUGCUCCCUGGUCUUUGCCAAGGACAAUAAAUGAGACUGCCCCGUUUGUUCCAGUGAUGUUUUCACCGGCCCCUGUGUUUCCUCCCCAAAGUCCAGAAUGGAAUGGCUUUCAGGCUCCUCAAUAUCCACCAGAAAGGAGUAUUCGUCCACUUCCUGCAUAUGUUAUGACCAACCCUGCAACUGAGACCAAUGCGUAUACUCAUCAUCAGGAGUCCCAGAUGCUAGUUGAUCAGUUCCCAGAACGACCUGGCCAAUCUGAAUGCACUUACUUUAUGAAAACUGGGGACUGUAAAUUCAAAAUGAACUGCAAAUUUCAUCAUCCAAAAAGUCGUAUCUCAAAAUCACUUCCAUCUGCUUUAAGUGACAGAGGCCUUCCUCUGAGACCUGAUCAAAACAUCUGUUCGCAUUAUAGUCGCUAUGGCAUUUGCAAGUUUGGCCCAGCUUGUAAAUUUGACCAUCCAAUCCAACAGUCUUCUUCAACUGUGUCUUCUUAAGAUCAUCUGCAUUCAUUUGGUGACUCCGGGACUGCAGGUGAGGACACAAUGGCUGGCAAUGGAACUUACCUUGCAGUUAGGCUGCCUGUGUAAAUUUUUUUGUAUUUUACCUCCGUUGUGGAUUUGAUUUUUUUUUUCCGGAAAUUAAUUAACUCGUACUUGCAUUCUGCUACCAGCCUGCCAUGGAAUUUUUAUGGGUAGGUAUUUUAUAUUUAUAUUUAUCUUUGAUGGUUGUAAACAUGUAGAAAAAGCAGAUAUUUGAAAAGCCUCGCCGAAUGACAAACUUUCACAGUUUGUCUAUAUCCUCUAAAGUAAUUUUAGAAUGAACAUGGUUUGUGGGUUAUGUAAA